AUGGAGAGAGGAAAGGGAAAGAAGGUUCAGGAUUCUUCUUCAAAUGCUGAACAAUCCCAAGCUGAAAUGGCCCCUGUGGAACCAAACGUCAUGGAUCCUAAACUAAGAAGGUUAUUCUCAAACAGACUUUCUGCCCAAAGAUCAAGACAGAAGAAGGUGAAAUUAGUUGAGGAGUUGGAACACCGUCACAUAAUGUUGCAGGAUCAACUAGCACAACUUCAACCAAUACAGGCUCGCCAACAGAGCCGAAUGCACAGUUUAAUGGUAGAAGAGCAGACAUUGUUCCAUGAAAUGGAAUAUCUUCAGAAAAAGGCUAUGCUCAGAGACGCUGAAGAUGAGAAGAACAGGAAGAAAAAGAGUAGGCUCGAGAACCUUCGAGAUAUUAAGCAACAAUUGCUUAAUCUGCAUAUUGAUCCUUUCACUGGAGUGUCCAUUGAUACAUCUCUCAAAUCAUGGUAUCGCUUCAUUUUAACUGCAUGA